AUGGAGAUAUUGGAAUCUCUUUUUAUCAAACCCAAAAAUGAGAUUUUUGCCCGACAUAUUCUAGCUACAAGGCGUCGACAACCGAGUGAAACACUAGAUGAGUACCUUCAAGUUUUGAAAACUUUAAGUAAAGAUUGCAAUUUCAAGAACAUGACAGCUGCCCAGUACUGUGAAGAGAGUAUUAGAGAUGCAUUCAUUACCGGACUGCAGUCUAGCCAUAUCCGCCAGCGACUGUUAGAGAACAAAACCCUUGAUCUCAAAACCGUAUUUGACCAAGCUUGUGCACUUGAAUUGGCUAUGCGAAGCUCUGAAACCUACACUGCCACUCAACCGUCUGUAAAUGCAGCAGUACCUACCUAUUCUGAUAUACCACAGAGCCCAACGGAAAUAAGCCAGCACCAUAGCUGCAAUGGAGGUGGGAAAUUCCUGUUUCUUCUGUGGGAAUGCCAGACAUCCCCGUUCGAAGUGUCCCGCUCAUGAUGUUACUUGUUUGAAAUGUCAGAAGAAAGGCCACUUUGCGAAGGUGUGUCAAGGCCUGCUAAUCCCAGAGGUAGAAUUUCGGCUGCUGCCUGGUCACCAAGUCUAGCAACGGUCCCAACGAUACCAACAUCCCUUUCUAAGUCAUCAACCACUGUUUGCAUCAACGGGUUGCAGGUAAAGGCCCUCUUUGACAGCGGUAGUAAUGAAAGCUUCAUCCACCCCAGUAUUGUAAAAGAAGCUGCUCUAACAGUCCGGCCCUCAUCUAGUACCAUCUCUAUGGCAACACUUGCAUCAUCAGUUAAAAUAUGUGGAACCUGCAUUGUCAAUCUCGUCUAUCAAGAACAAAUUUAUAAAGAUCUCAGUUUAUCUGUUCUACCAGGACUUUGUGCUGAUCUGAUUUUGGGUCUCGACUUUCAGUCACAACAUCAGAGCGUUAUAAAGUUUGUUCGUUCACUGCAACCAGGUAUAUCAAUCAUGUUUCGCUCGCUACUCUGGUUUAAAUAAAUGAUUACAAAGCCCAGUCGAAUUGUAAUCAAGACCCAACGUUUCGACACUCCAGUCUAGUGUCUUCAUCAGGGGUGAUCUGAAACUGCGAUCGUGGCUUCUUAAAUACCCAAGGGAUGAUGUCACCUGCCAAGAAGAUGCAUAUAUUCUUCUGGCAAAUAGGCGCCGUCAUCCCUAUUCAAAGCAUGAUGACUCAUAUGCGUUAUCUUCCAGACAGCGUUAUCUUCCAGUAUGGAGGAUCAAAACCACCUUUGUCAGUAUGUAGUUUCAGCAAACUUAACAUGGAGCCACCUGAACCAUUCGCAAACCUAACGUCAGACUGCCACCCAAUCGCAACAAACUCCAGACGAUAUAGUCAAGAAGAUACCGAGUUUAUUGAUAAAGAAGUAACAAGGCUUCUCGAAGAAGGUAUCAUAGAACCCAGUCAAUCACCUUGGCGAGCUCAAGUCGUAGUAACAAAGGAUGAGAACCAUAAGAAAAGGCUUGCCAUAGACUACUCCCAAACCAUUAAUCGUUUUACCCUUCUUGAUGCUUUCCCACUGCCUAAUAUAAGUGAAAUGGUCAAUGAAAUUGCCAAGUAUCGGGUGUUCAGCACCAUUGAUCUCUGGAGUGCCUACCACCCACUGCCACUCAAAGACGAAGACAAACCUUAUAUUGCCUUCGAAGCUCGUAAUGGUCUUUAUCAGUUCACCCGGUUGCCCUUUGGUGUCACCAAUGGGGUGGCCUGUUUCCAAAGGGAAAUGGUUAAGUUGGUUGAGCAGCACACCCUUAAUGGAGUUUUCCCCUACCUUGACAACAUAACCAUAUGUGGCAAAGACCAAGAAGACCAUGAUGAAAAUCUGGAAAGAUUCCUUGAAGCUGCAAAGUGCAAGAAUGUCUGUUACAAUGAUGACAAGAGCAUUUUCGCAACGAGAUGUCUCCCUCUCCUUGGUUAUUUAAUUGAAGAAGGCAACACAUCCGUCCCGAUCCUGAGCAUCUACGACCUUUACGCGACCUCCCGAUCCCUCAUGAUUCGAAAUCCUUAGGAUUGUUCUACUACUCACAGUGGAUCCCCGAGUACUCUGACCGAAUCAAGCCAAUUACUAAUUGCAAGUAAUUCCCACUGUCACAGCAAGCUGUUCAAGCAUUUGAGAGUCUCAAGAAGACGGUGGAAGAAGCUGUUGUUGCUGCUAUUGAUGAUAGCAUUCCAUUUGAGGUCGAGACAGAUGCAUCCGAUGUAGCGUUAGCAGCCACUCUUAACCAGAAGGGAAGACCUGUUGCUUUCUUCUCACGAACCCUGCAGAGCAGUGAGAUCAAACAUGCAUCAGUAGAAAAGGAAGCACAAGCUAUUAUUGAAGCUGUAAGACACUGGAAACACUUCUUAACUGGAAGGCAUUUUACCCUUGUAACAGAUCAGAAAUCCGUGUCGUACAUGUUUGACCAACGCCACAAAACGAAGAUCAAAAAUGAUAAGAUCAUGCGAUAG